AUGCUUUUGUUUGCGGGUUUUGCAAGAGUAGCACAACUUAAACGGUCACUGGCAGCAUUGGUUUCUGCUACUUCGAUAGCUCUGCUUCAAACUAAACAACGACUAAGCUUGGUUGGAAUAUUUGGUAACUUUGAUCUUCUUCGAUCGGUAGAUAAUUCCGAAAAUGGCAAGUUUGCGAAAAGAGUAGCGGUAGAAAUGCCAGUAAGGCCAAACUACCGUGCUCCGAGGUUACCGAUUGUUUUGUGCCACGGCCUUUUUGGCUUCGAUAAACUAGGGCCUUCUUCUAUUCCAUAUUUACAAAUACACUAUUGGGGUGGUAUUGAGUUAGCUUUGCAAAAAUUAGGUGCGAAAGUUAUAAUUACCAAGGUUCCAAG